UGAACUAGUUAGUGAUCGAUUCUGCACUGUUAAGUUCGAAGCCCGAUUGUUCUUGUGGAAAAGUUUUGUUUUCCAAUCACUCAAGAUUUUGGAAAAGAUCUGCCACCGAAAACGUUUGAAAAAGUUUAUCGUUUUUCGACUGUUUGUUGAUCGGAGAUAAUCUUACUUUUGUGACCUUCUUUCCUACCUAAAAACCUUCACACGCAGCCAACGUUAAGCAACGUGGUGUGCCAUACCGGUGUAUGCUACCUUUUCUGUGAGGAAACAACACAGCACGCUGAUUCUCGAACUGAGAUACGCGCCACGCGUUUUGGAGCAACCUGCUGCGAUGGCUAAGCACCGGUUCUAGACGUUGCGGCCGUAAAACUUAGCCCGAACCAUGAAUCGGCCGAACGCUGCUGGAGGCAGCAACCAAACGCAACAAUCUGCUGCGAAGCUUUCCUUUGCCGUUGAUUCCAAGAGAGGAGGAGGUACUUCUGGGGCUGGAGGAGGUGGAAGCAGCGGCGCUGGUCGUCGCGGUGACCUAGCGGCAGCCCUAAACAACCGAAGCUCGAUGAUAAUAAAAACCGUUUCGAUAUUUCUGGCCAGUGGCAAACGAACCGUGCCCGGAGAAUCACCGGACCGAACCGAGGACCGGUCGGCGCGCGGCGGUUCCAAGGCGGGUGACAAGCAGCAGCUGAAACCGGGCGAACGGGAAUCUCGACGGAACCGGCGGAUACUGGCCAAGAUGGACGAACUGAACGGGAAGCUGAACCCGAAGAUGCUGGAGAUGUACAAACGGAAGACGCAUUUUUCCAAAAUCGAAGUCGAAGCUUUGUGCAAAAUCUUCCGCAAACUGGUAACGAAUGCCACCCUGAACUCGAAAGCGCUGGCCGCGAACAACGCGGGCGUGAUUGCCAAAGCGGGCUCCUCAACGGAUGGGAUCGAUCGGUCGGUUUUUCGGGAGCUUCUGCACAGCACCUUUGACAUUGUGACGGAGGAAACGCUGAUGGAGCGGAUUUUUUGCGCCUGGGAGAAGGGAUUCGAAGGUCUGCCGAUUCGGCUGGAGGGUUGGAUUUUGGGUUUGUCCACGUUUCUGAAGGGAUCGCAAGCCGAGAAGACGGCUUUCUGUUUUCGGGUGUAUGAUUUGAAUAGCGAUGGUUUCAUCACCAAGGAUGAAAUGUUCGCACUGCUUAGAAAUUGUUUGAUCAAACAACCGCAGGAUGAGGAUCCGGAUGAAGGCGUGAAGGACCUGGUGGAGAUUGCGCUGAGAAAGUUGGAUAUGGACAAGGAUGGAAAGGUUUCCUUCCAGGACUACCAAGAAGCAAUCGCCGAGGAACCUUUACUACUGGAAGCCUUCGGUCAGUGUCUGCCAUCCGAUCGGGCAACCGUUUCUUUCCUGUCAACAUUGCAAACGCAGCGUUCGUCGUAAAUAUUCAACGAAACUUCAACUCUUCUAAAAAAAGGCUACAACCGUGGGGGGUAGCCAAACAGCAGAAAAAGUACACAUAAAAUCAAUAAGCGAUUUAACUCUAGCGAUGCUAUUUUACUCUAUAAUAGCAUGGAAAGUAACAUUACGAGCCACGUGGAGUGACUUUGCACCGAAUGUUGCACAGCGGUCUAGGAUUGGAAUCUAGUGACGCAAAUACAUAAUAAACAUAAAUUAUGUAUUGCCAAGAAGAAUCUUCCUAAUGGAUCUGAUACAUCGAACGAAGCUCCCUCCAGCUGAUCGAAGGAAGGACACCGGAAAGAACGUUCCAAUCUAAAUGCAACGCAAAAAAGAGGCAGACACGAGUCGUAAUAUUAUAUUUAACAGUGAAUUAAGAGUGGAACCGUCGAAACUGGUUUGAAGAGAACAAAAAAAUGAUACGAAUGUUAAUAAGAUAUUUCGUAGUUGUGUUUAAGUGUUACGGAAGCCAAUUUUAAUGUGUUGUUUACUUAGAAUUGAAUUUAACAGUUCUCAUCGAAUGUUAUUUUAAAACAUUACUGCACUUCAAAACCACUUAGUGAAGUUUGUUUAUAUUAUUACAUAUAUAUUAGCUUUUAGUAAUAACAAUACUGUGAAGCGGAAAAAUGU